AGCCCGCGAGACGCCAGCUGUGGUACGCGGCCGUCAGCUGAGGUGCGGGAGCCCGGCACGAUGGAGCCGCUGAAGGUAGAAAAGUUCGCGACCGCCCACAGGGGAAACGGGUUGCGCGCCGUGGUCCCGCUGCGACCCGGAGAGCUGCUGUUCCGCUCGGAUCCCUUGGCGUACACGGUGUGCAAAGGGAGUCGGGGCGUCGUCUGUGACCGCUGCCUGCUGGGGAAGGAAAAGCUGAUGCGAUGCUCUCAAUGCCGAGUUGCCAAAUACUGUAGCGCUAAGUGUCAGAAAAAAGCCUGGCCAGACCACAAGCGGGAAUGCAAAUGCCUUAAAAGCUGCAAACCCAGAUAUCCUCCUGACUCUGUCCGACUUCUGGGCAGAGUAGUUUUCAAACUUAUGGAAGAAAUACCCUCAGAAUCAGAGAAACUUUACACAUUUUAUGAUCUGGAAUCAAAUAUUAACAAACUGACUGAAGAUAAGAAAGAGGGCCUCAGGCAACUUGCAAUGACAUUUCAACAUUUCAUGAGAGAAGAAAUCCAGGAUGCCUCUCAGCUGCCACCUUCCUUUGACAUUUUUGAAGCCUUUGCAAAAGUGAUCUGCAACUCUUUCACCAUCUGUAAUGCAGAGAUGCAGGAAGUUGGUGUUGGCCUAUAUCCUAGUAUGUCAUUGCUCAAUCACAGCUGUGACCCCAACUGUUCGAUUGUGUUCAAUGGACCCCACCUCUUACUGCGUGCAGUCCGAGACAUCGAGGCGGGAGAAGAGCUCACCAUCUGCUACCUGGAUAUGCUGAUGACCAGUGACGAGCGCCGGAAGCAGCUGAGGGACCAAUACUGCUUUGAGUGUGACUGUUUCCGAUGCCAAACCCAGGACAAGGAUGCUGAUAUGCUAACCGGUGAUGAGCAAAUAUGGAAAGAAGUUCAAGAAUCCUUGAAAAAAAUUGAAGAGCUGAAGGCACAUUGGAAGUGGGAACAGGUUCUGGCCCUGUGCCAGACAAUCAUAAGCAGCAACUCCGAACGGCUUCCCGACAUCAACAUCUACCAGCUGAAGGUGCUCGACUGUGCCAUGGAUGCCUGUAUCAAUCUCGGUCUGUUGGAGGAGGCGUUGUUCUAUGGCAUUCGCACCAUGGAGCCAUACAGGAUUUUUUUCCCAGGAAGCCAUCCUGUCAGAGGUGUCCAAGUAAUGAAAGUUGGCAAACUGCAGUUACAUCAAGGCAUGUUUCCCCAGGCCAUGAAGAAUCUGAGGCUGGCUUUUGAUAUCAUGAGAGUGACACAUGGCAGAGAACACAGCCUGAUUGAAGAUCUGAUUCUCCUCUUAGAAGAAUGCGACGCCAACAUAAGAGCGUCCUAGGAAAACUCGUCAGAGGGAGAGACGGCUUACACACCUUUAUUGGAUGCCUUACUGAGGUCACGCACUCCAUACCCUGUUUCUUGUGUGACCUUCCCCUACAGGAAAUGCUGUUCUGUGUUUAUGUAGGUAAAUAAAACAGACAUGUAGUUUGCAAACUAUGAGAAUCCUUAGUUGUAGACAAGCACAAUUACAAUAAAUACUAAUGAAUUGUUGAAUUCCCA